CUCAUAUAUUUGCCGAUGACCCGCUCAUCGGGUUCACGGUUGUUCAACAUUCCAAUCAGUCAUGAGCAUAUGACACGCACAUAGCAUGGUCAACGCUCCGCUGACUAUACCACUGAUUGUGGAUCCUCUAUCUACAGAUCAUGCUUUACCAGUACAACCCACGCGGCUGGCGACAUGGACGGCCGGGACAUGUCGAAGAGUAGCUCUGGCUUCAUCGGACAAUACCAUCUGGGUUCACACGUCUUCGCUCCUUCCCGCUGAAGAUGCUUCCCCUCCAGCUCCUGCUCAACCCCUGCCAUCCAUCAUUACGAGCUCUCCGUUCGGUUCUGCCACUUUGCAAGGCUCUGAUGCCUCUCGCAACGCCGUUCAUCGCUCCAGAGCAGCGUCAUCGACUUCAUCAGGUUUGACUCGUUCAAGCAAGAUCCGACUAGCUUCUGGUUUCUCUCCAACUUUAUCGGCUACACAUCUCCCAACGACCUCUCUUACUGCCGCUACUGCGACCUUGAACGCUCAUGAUGAACAUGGCCAUCGUCGGACGAGUUUGUCCGAACGUGCAGAGCUUCUUGAACACUUACGAGAACAGGCCAAAGAUCAAGAAGAGGAGGAUAGUACUUUCACCCGUCUAUCGGCUCUGGCUAGGAGAGGUCUACCAGGUGUACAUGGGAAAGAAGAUUAUGAUUUUGUCGACGGAUCAAUGUCGCCCCGCUCGACCGUCUCCAUCGAUUCACAGAGAACAUUCACGGACAUGUUCAGUUGGAAGAGGGCGGAAGAAGAGGAGGAAAGAAAGACUAGGGAGAUCAAGGAAAAGAUUGAAGAAGUUGAUGUUCAACGAGAGAUGGAGAAGGAGACCAGAGAGGGCGAGAGGGAAAAGCAAGAAGCUAGAGCCAUCGAAGCUGCUCAGCGGCGUCCUGAGAGGGGGCCAAAGCCCAGACGAUCGGCUACCACUAUCGAGGAGGAGUCAAAGACGGUACAGAAGAGUAUACAUCGGCUGGUUCUGCCCCUCUUCGAAAGAGGUGCGAUCGUCUGCAUGACUGUGGUCGAGGACGUUGGCUUGGUAGUCCUGCGAGACGUCGGACUGCUGGAUAUCUACUCGCUGUCGGAUCUGAGCAUCGUCACCUCUUUAGACCUCGAAAAUAGCCCUGGAUCCACUGCGUCGUCCUCAAAGACAAGACUGUCACUCUCACCUUCCUGGUACUGGAGGUCUUGCCAUUUCGUGAAAGAGGCGCAAUCGCCCUAUCUAUUCGUCGAUGGCAUCCCUUGGCCUUGCGGGAUCCCGAGUCCAAAUGGAGAUGUCACACACGUCGUGAUUGUACCUAUUGGUCCACACAAGAAUGAAAAGGUGUCGCACCUCGAUUUGCCUGGAGUCGGCCAUAUCGCUGUUACCAGCGAUAGCUCGGGUCAUCCUCAGCUUCUACAUUUCCUAUCGCUAUCUCUAAUGUCGUACCCUAUUCAAUCACCCAGUAUGGCUGUGCAAUCUUCUCAGGAGCCUGACCGUCAGAGCUCUCCAUUCCCCCGAGCAGUCCCCGCCGUGCUCACCACUCCAAGUCUCUCUAUCCUCAGAUCAGCAACGCCGAAUCCAAGCACUUCAUCUCGCAGAGACGAUCCGCCAUUACGGAAGAACAAGUCUUACGUCGCGUUGCGACCUGAGACCGAGGAUGCCACGCCUGUCCGUGCAGACAAAUCAGAAACAGAUCGAGGUCUAUCGGGUUUGUUGGGGCGUCGCAAGGCUCCAAAGGUAUCAUCUGCCAAGGCUCAGGACGACGCACCGCUCAGUAUCGGAGAAGGAAAAGAAGUAGAGAGGGAUGGGUUUGGCGAGUGGGUAGGAAUCAAGAUGUCGAGUGAUGGAGAAGGUUUAGGGUGGACAGAUGACGCCGUCGAUGUGUUCACUUGCGACGGCUUGAAGCUCAAAGUUCAGGGGAGUAUCACCAUCUCUGCUCGAGAGCGGGUACGUGAUGUGCUUUUUACGCCUGCCUGGAGAUCUGUUGUGAUCAGCCGCGAGCAAGACACACUUCUUUAUCGGCGGGACCAAUCUGCUUCGUCUGCAAUGAGAAAUAUCAACUUUUCCAUGUCCCAAUCUCUACCUCGCUCCACUGCUGUAGUGCUAGAUCAGCGCAGCGCAUUCUUGUUGUUGGCAUUCGAAAAGUCGUUGGCUAUCAUGCCAGCGGCUAACGCAGAUGUCUCAUCCGUGGAAAAAAUCGCUCCCUUAUGCCGUUGCGUUGCAGAGACUAUGCCAGAUCAGAUCGUGCCUCUCGGUAGCGAUCAAGUCCUGGUCCUCGAUUCCAAUGGCAACGCAAUCAAACAAUCGCUGCAGGACGUCCUUGCAAGCCGUAUUGCACAAGAUGUCGGUAUCGCGGCAGAUCGUGCGGCCUCCAGGGUGACUGUAGCCAAGACAUUGUCAUCCCCAAAGGAUCUCUUCGUCGCGGGCGAUGAAGACGGCGUUGUGCGGAUCUGGUCAGUCGAACCAUUCGAGCUCCUGGGAUCAUGGACUUGUUUUGCCGACCCUGUGGAAAGCGUCAUAUUGCUCGACGAUCCACCGGUCGCGUCGAUACCCCCGGGCAUCUUAUGCACUUCGCAGAAUGGCGCGAUAUGCUUUAUAGCGCUAGAUAUCAUGGAGUCCCUCUUCCUCGUUCCAGCCGCCAGAGCACCUCUUCGCAGGAUCUUUAUGAGCGAUCAUGAUCUUCUAUUGACUUAUGCCAGUGGCAAAGCAAGGGUAUGGAACCUGAAGACAUGCGAAUUCCGCCGAUCUACCGGCCUGGACGCUGCCGGAGACAUGUUACAGUCGGGCGAUUGGACAGAGAUUUUGAUUUCUGACACGGCAACUACGUCUGCCUUGCCAUUGGUCUCGACUUCCAGUCAAGCGCCUCUUAAAUCCGAUCUAGGUCGAAUGCUGCAGCUCGAUUUACAUGCUUUCGACCAAUACUUGCAGCGAAAAGGUUCAGAUUCUGCUCUCGCCUUGGCUCGCUCGUUGUUGUCUCUGGUCCUCGCAUGGAGUGUAGAUGCGGCUACGGACGACAUGUGUCGUCGUGAGCUGGGUGUUUCAAAGCCUGAACGUAACGUUGGGUUGAGUUCAACAAGAGGUGCUCCCUUGUUCAUGGCUUCUAAGGGGUCCACUGCAUGGCAAAUCUCAUCUGAGGCCACCGGCCUGCGUCAAUUAGCAAUUGUCACCCUCCUUCGUGUCUUCCUCAUUUCUCAGGAGAAUGAGCAGGCAGCUGCGGAGGCCAUCGGCUACUACUCUGCUGGUCUGCCGGAAUCUACCAAAAGACCUGAUCUCGACUUCUUCGCGGCGCAUUAUAUGGAUCCGGCGGCUAUCGUGCAGCAGUCAGCAAGGCUCCUCUUUGCUUCAACCUUGGAAAACAUGUCAGAGUCUCAGAUAGAAAAAUUGGUACAGGCUCACGUACCUCUACUACCUCAGAACGUUGCGCCGCGGACACGACUGUCUGCAGACACUGUGAGGGCGCUCACACUGAUUGGAGGAAUCGCGAUACACCGUUAUCAGGCUCUCAGUGCUAGCGUCCUCAAAGCCACGGCCGAAUCCAUCUUCUUAUAUCUGGAAGACUUCUCAUGUCCUCACAUCGGUCUGGCAAUUGAACUGGCUUCGAGGGCCUUUACAACUUGGCAAACUUACAUUGACCCAAUGGAGCUACUCCGCGUACUAUUUUAUCUCUCCACUCAUACCCCUCCACCUGCAGCCGUCUCUGCCCAGGCUAGACUUGCAGUCCUUCACAUUGCCUCUGUAAAUCCCGGCCUGUUCAUGUCCACUUUGUCUAUGGACAUUCUCGACGCCAAGACUACGGAGGGCCGAACGAGCAUCAUGAAGCUCUGCGUGUACAUGGCUCGAAAGAACCCCAGCGUGCUGGAGAAUGGUCUUCCUAGAAUCGCCGAAGCCAUCGUCAAGAGUCUCGAUCCGAAUAUAAGCAAGAUGAGGGAAGAGGUCAGAGAAGCAGCAACGGUGAUCUUGAACGAACUUGUCUUGGCAUACACCACGAUCGACUUUCACAGCGCCACUCAACGUCUUGCCGUCGGUACGCACGAAGGCGCAGUGAUUAUGUACGAUCUAAAAUCCGCAUCCCGUCUGUAUGUCCUCGAAGCUCAUCAAGCGCCUACUUCGUCGGUCAAUUUCUCUUCGGAUGGCCGGAGACUUUUGACUGUGUCUUUGGAUGAAGGCAAUGUCACGAUUUGGAAAGUCGGAAGCAGCCUCAGUGGCUUUUUCAAUGUCGGUGGACCUCCUAGACAAGGCGGUGUGGGUUCUAUGGGGAAAGGACCUUUCAAAAGGAUUUCCUUUAUCCGGGCUGAUGAUGGACCAUUGGAGGAAAUCAGCGCUUUGAGCGAUAUCAAAGUGGAAUGGUUGGGCGAACGACAGGCCAGAGUCAUGAUACGAGAGACGGCCCUCACGUUUGAGACUUAGAUAGUCUUAUCACUGUUGUAAGAUACUACUAUACGCUAUUGCAUGCCUGGAAAGAGGCGC